UGAAUUCUGUGAUGAAUGAUAUCAGUUGUGUGUGGAUUGACAAUAGGAUUUCAGUCUCAGAGUUUGAUUUUAAAUUGGAAAUAAAUUAGGCAAGUGCGAGCAAUGGUGCGAGCACGUGUGGUGUUGAUGGGAGUGGUCGGCGUGGCGCUGCUGGUCCAGUUGGCUGACGCUGGUGGACAUGGAGGAUACGGUGGGGGUGGUGGCGGACAUGGAGGGGGUGGUGGUGGACAUGGUGGGGGUGGUGGCGGACAUGGAGGGGGCGGUGGUGGACACGGAGGAUGGGGAUGGGGUCACAGUGGAGGGGGAGGAGGGCAUGGAGGUGGUGGACACGGCGGUGGUGGCUAUGGAGGCGGAGGUCACGGCGGCGGUGGCGGAAAAGGGCAUGGAGGUGGUGGAUAUGGAGGGGGCGGCCACGGUGGGGGUGGUGGCGGAAAAGGUCACGGAGGGGGUGGUGGAGGUCACGGUGGAUACGGCAAGUAAAGCUUACUCUCCACUAGUACGUGCAUACUAUUGUCUCAUUUUGUACAUUUUUGUUACCAUCUCAUCCCCAAUGUCUCCCUUCCAUUAUAAAUUCCCCCAAACCAAAUAAUACCGAGUUUCAUUCUCCAACCAGCCAAACAAUUUAAAUACAUUUGUAAGUAUUCGACCAGUAUUUUCUUAGUCCACUACUUAACAGCACUUACCUUUUUUAAAUGCCACGAGUUAAAAAAAUAAACGCCAAGUUAUUAUAUUUUUCUAAACAAA